UCAGCCCACCUCUAAGUAAGUGGCUAUAUUCUCGUGAAGAAGGAGCUCCAGGAGCGUUUAUCCCUCUCUCUCUCGUCACAGUUCACAUUGAUCACCCCACUCCUCUCUCUAAAAACUCAAAACCCAUCUCUCUCUCUAUAAAGUUCUCCAUAUCCACUUCUCCAACUGCUCAAAAAAUGGACCAGUCUGACCCAGACAUGGAUCAACCUACUACUACCACUACUACUACAACACCAAAGCUCUCUCUUUACUCACUCCCUAACCAACUUCCGGAGCCGUCAGGUUCGGCGUCGCCGCCGCAACGAGUCUCAGCCUCGGUUCCGUUCCUAUGGGAAGAGGCGCCUGGAAAGCCCAGACUCGGCACCACAACCGAACCGGAUCAAGCUGCAGAUCACGACGAAAGAAGCUUAGUCAUGAAAUCCUUAGAGCUUCCUCCCAGGUUGUUGGGUGAGGUCAAAUUUACCAACAUGUCCUCGCCGACGACGGUGUUGUAUGGGCCUGAGGUGGGCCGGUCGCUGUCGUUCACGUUCUCGUUUCGAACCCCGUCUGAGAGUCGGAAGUUGAGCAGAGAGAAAGUUGGGUACUUUGGGUCUUCAAGGUGGGGGAGCUUUAGGAAGAAUAAGGGAUCAGUCGUUGGGGGUAGUUUCGACAUUUUGUCUUCUGUUCAUGGUACUACUACUACUAGUAGUAGUAUUACUAAUACUGCUACUCAUCAUGAUAAUCAUGACCAAGAUCAUCAUCAUCAUCAUGAUCAUGGAAAAGUCAAGAUUACUAGGGUUAGAAGAAGAGGAAGCCUUUCGAGUUUUUCUAACGCAAAGUCACAUUUGUUGGCAAGCAUUUAUGAAAGCUUUAAGCAGGUGGUCCCAUGGAGACGCAAGCAAGAAAAACAGAGAAAAAUGGGCUCUUCGUAAUAUUUAUAUAUAUAUAUUAUAUAAUAUAUACAUAUAUAAUGUAUUAAUAAUAAGUCUAGUCCCUCCUGGUCGAUCUUCAUGAUUGUGCUGUCAUUGACUUUUCCAUAAGCUUGAGCUCUUAUUUAUUUUUUGGUCAUGAUUUUGUAUAGCUGGAAAACAUAUUUCUAAUAUAGUAUAUCAUGAUGAUGAUUAGAAAAGCUUUGCAUAUGAUGUAAUAAUUCAUAAUCAACUACUUUUAUUAAUUAUAUAUAUAUGUGUGUGUGAUGUCUACUGCUAGUAGUACUACCACCAUAUAUUAUAUUGAUCCAAUUAAUCCUAUAAAUAUCUUGAUGUUACAAGAGA